AAUGUGUAAAAUCAUUUAGAACAUCUGAAUUAAUUAACUAAAGCAACAGGUUUUUUUUUUCGUACAUUCAUUGUAGCGUGUAAUAAAGUUGGCAUAGAGUGCAAUUCGCACCAAAGAGCAACAACAAUGGAAACAAUCGUGCCAACAAUAACUCAACUGGUUUUCUUCCCAUCAAUGUGGAAUUAAAAAGAUUUGUACAAUUUUGAGUGGGUGUAAUUUUAGUUGAAAUUUUUUGGCUGUACCAAACACAACUCGCAGAAUAUUAAAUAAAAUGUGUAAAAUUUUUAUGAUAUUUGUGUGUUUACUAUGUUUGCUGCUUAAUUUAUAUGUCACAAGUAUAUAUUGUCUAUGCUUGGCAUCGGAGCCGCCAACUUGUCUAACAAAUUUGGAGGAGGAAGAUGCCAAAGAAAUUUUGGAUUAUGUGCUGAGUAAAUAUGAAGAGGUUGACAUGAAAAUUACCGGCGAACCGUUGGCGGUCCGCGGCAAACGUAUUUCAUCUGGCGGCACUGAGGAGUUUCACAUUGUCUUUCAUUACGUUGACAACACUCCCGGCGAUAUAAUACAAAAUUGCGUUUUUGUUGUUGUACAUGUACCGAAUGCAUGUGAAACGAUAAGCACAGUAUGCAAUACAUUCUUACAGUCUACGCCACGUCCACUGUUGCAGCGAGAAGACCUAACUGUUUGCGAGGAUGGGGUAGAGCCAACUAGGGCGAGUGAAGUAACCGAAGAAACAGCACAAAAGCGAUAAACAGAAAUUUAGCAUAAGUUUAGUAUAAAGGAUUCACAAGACGUUGUAAAGGUCUUAAAGUCGUAAAAGUUUUCAACGUAAGAUAACGGCUGAAAUCUUUUUACGAAUAUGUAGCCACAACAAAAUGUUUUCAAACUGAUGGAAAAUAUAUAAUUAGCAUAUAGCAUAUAAUUAGCACUUUUUUUUACUUAACAUUGACAAAUUUUACGACUUUAAGACUGCUCGACGCUUACGACGUCUUGUGAAUCGCCUUAAGCAGGAAUUACACGAUUUGUACAAAUUUUUACUUUUGGCAGUCACAGAGUAUUGUUGUCUAGAAAUAAUGAGGUCAGCUCAAUCCAACUCUACUCUGUAACCGUAAAAAUGUAAAAAUCUCUACAAAUGUACAAAUCUUGUGAUCCCUGCUUUAGUUAUUUAUAUGAACGUAUACAUAUGUAUGACAUAUUACUUAGUUUAGUUACUUAAGUAGAUACGUAAGUCAAACUUGGCGAAUGUAAUGGAACUUUUUUAAAAUAAAGUAAAU